AUGUUGCUUACAAUUAUGACGACUCCUGAAAAUGGCGACUGUGCUGAAGACGUCGGAGGAGCGAAUCAAAUUUUUAGUCAAGCUAAUGGAGACCGGAUUAGAAGAAAGCAAUAUGAGUGCUUGGGGAAUGUUUCUGACAACAUAUUCGGAUUAUUGGGAGUUCACCGAGUGUUCACGUUUGUUGGAUGCUGUGCUCGACAUUCACGACAUGGUAAACAACCAGAGUUGCAGAUGCAAGGAGAUGCAAGACUUGCCAUACGUGGGCUGUUUUUGGAUAUGCAAUACUCGGAUCAAGCUGCCAGUGCGUUUUGGUUGGCUGCCGUUUUCAACAAGCUAACGACUCCGGAAUACCGCCCAAAAUUCUUCAUGUUACUGUUUUUGGAUCCCGUGGAAGCAAAUGGAAAAAGGACUCUGGAUUGGCGUAGGAUGGUGACUGAGGUCAAAAACAUAGCCGUUGAAUGGAGCUUGCCGAUUGAAAAAGUGGUGGAAGAGCCAAUCCUGAAGCUGUUCACUUGGUUGAGCUUGUCAACUUUUCGAAAAACUUUGCUUGUGGAGUUUGUCAAGGCGAACGCUAACCAUUACGCAGAAUGUCUGAAUGCUGGAUUGUACCAAAAUGUGCAAUGCGAAUUGUUGGCUCAAGAGAAAAUUCGGACGCGCAAAGAAAAAAAACGCACAGAAGAGGAGCUGAAUAUUCUCACACCAACACAGCCAAGUUUUGUUCCAUCUUCGAAUCAAUCUAUUGUCCUAUCAUCAUAUCAUCGGGGCGUGAGGCUUGUACGGGAUGAGUUUCAAGAACGGGAGUCGUUGGAUGUUUUGAGUGACACAUUUAUGGAUCGGCCUACGAGCGACACUUAUGGAGCAUCAAAAGAAGGAAGCCGACUCGAUGUAUCUAGUUAUGUGCAAGACACUCUCCUUGGUGUGACAUCUUUGACACAACAUUUGAGCAGCGGCUCUGAAGGGAUCGAUCAUGAUGAAAUGGAGUUUCCUCGUAAACGAGACUCACCUCAAUCGAUGCGUCACAGGAAAAAGUUUUAUGGAGACGAUACAAUGCAAGGACCAUUUAGUACAACUGCUGUGGCGGACACAGUGAGGAGGCGACUUCCCGCAUCACCCCUUCUAACCACAGCUGAAUUACCGUUGCCACACAAAAGAGUUAGAACUCGCGGACGAACAAAGAUUGAACACAGCAAGACUACAAAGAAGACUCCUAUCAAGAAGAGCGAAAAGCUAAAUGUCGAUGAUCCCUACGCUUUUAAAGAUGAUGAAGAAGAGACCAUCAAGCUAGCAAGUACUCGGGCUAAGACCAGUACAACUUUACAUCAACGCAGUAUGCCUUCACCGAUGGAUACACUUUCUGAGAUUCCUCAACCACAUCAGCGCACAGGUGAACUUCGAGCGAAAAGCAAGAUAAAAUUCAUGGCAGAGAAGCUCACAAAUUCUCCAAAUCAACAAACCAAAAAACAAGCUUUGGAAACGGUGCAUGACCGUGAAGCAGAGCGCCAUACAAGCAAGAAAGUUGAGGGACAAAAAGGCUUGGAAAAUGAUGGGAAAGCGAGAAAAACCAAAGGAGGCAACUUGGUGAUGAUGAUUCUACUCUUUCUUUUGAAAAGACUAUCUGUCGCGAUUUCAUCAAUCAUCACGGAUCAAUUUGAUUUGGUUCAACCAUUGGGCGGAGAAUUGCUUCCUCACUCUAAAUUUCUGAAGAUUCGAUCAAGUCAAGGCUCAACUGCUCAAUCAUCACUAUUAUCCAAUGUCAAAUUUUCAAAGAGCAAAAAUAAACUUCAACCUCUGACUAACGCCAAACGUAAGAAUGAAGAAGAGAAAGACAAUGUCCAUUGGAGGAUUUCAAAUGAUCUACCG